CGAUGAAGCCCAACCACACUCGUCGUUUUCCCAUCACCAUCACAUGGCGACAUUGCCGGAAUAAUAAACAUCUCUCCAAACGAAGCCCCGGCGUAUCGCCGGCCGUGUACGACGCAUUUGACCUCGUCUCCGGCCGAUCCGAGUGCCUGACACGUGUCCCGUCCGACCUAGUGUCCUUUUCCCCGUCGCGCGAUUUCUCCAUAGAUUUGGCGGCUCCAUGCUUCAUAGUUGAAGAAGGGCGACAUGAAUUCAUUGCAGGAGGAUGAUAUGCUGUUGGAGACUACACGGGCGAAAUUCUCAAAUGUACUUAAAAGGCAUGGAGAUCUUGCAGAGCGUCUUUCUAGGGACUCCGACAAGACAAUUUUUGAGCGUUUGCAUAGAGAGUUCGAAGCUGCACGCUCUUCUCAAACUCAAGAAAUUAGCUUGGAUGGUGAGCAAUGGAAUGAUGGUUUAUUGGCUACAUUAAGGGAACAGGUUCACAUUGAGGCAGACAUUAAGGCCAUGCAAACUUCUGGGGAAGCGGCCCAGUCUCCAAUUCCUUGUCAAGAAAAAGUUACAUAUAAAGUUGGUAAUAAGGUGAUCUGUUGUUUAGAAGGAGCAAGAAUCGGUAUACAAUAUGAGACAUCUUUCGCUGGAGAAACUUGUGAACUUUACCACUGCGUGCUUGAGAGCAAAUCAUUUCUUGAGAAGCUGACGGUUCUUGAGCAUACAGUCCCUUUUUUCCUUCCUAUACGUGAAGCGGAAAAUGAGCUCCUCUCUUCAAAUGCAAUGAAAUUCAUAGACCAUGUGGGAGAUCUGUUGCAGGCAUAUGUAGAUAGACGGGAACAGGUGCGACUUAUUAAAGAGUUGUACGGGAACCAAAUUGUACAAUUGUAUCAUAGUCUUCCUUACCAUAUGAUUGAGUUCAUGCUUAACGACUUCGGUUGCAGGAUAACAGUGUGCCUAAGAUACGCUGAUUUGGGGUCCACUCUGCCGAGUGGGGUCAGCGUUCUCGCAUGGCCAAACAAAUCCUCAACCAGGAAAGGCAAAAUAUUCUCAGCAGCUCCAGAGCGUCUCGCCUAUGCAGAGGAAGCACUACGAACCAUGAGUCUUCCCGAAGAGAUUGUUCUUAACCUUGAAGCAGCACUGGGAGAUGUGUUUCUUGCACGGAGUCCCACUGCUUAGUCGGAGCAUGGACGGCUUGGAUUGGUUCGGAAGAAUUUAUAUAUCUUGCCUUUUUUUUGCUUAACCAUGAAUUUGAGGCCUCUGCUCUUAUGUCGAAAAAGAACCAUAUUGACUUCAUUCGUUAUUGUACAAAAUAGGUAACUCUAAACUUGUUCCC